UUCAUCUGCUCUCGGAAUCCGGUGACAGUCUGUAAAAAACAACGGGGAGGUUGGAACAGCGGUCUCAGGCGAAGAAGCAGCUUUUCUCUCACAAGCUUGCAAUAAGGGUUUGGAGGUACAGCCCAACGAUGAGAAAUUUAAUAUUUCUUCUUGUGGGAGUGCUCCUUCUAACCGGAACUGUCCGGGCAGAGGAUGCUAUCGAUGAUGAAGUGGGUACCGUGGAGCAGGAUCUAGGUGCUAGUAGAGAAGCGAGUCGUACAGAUGAUGAAGUUGUUCAGAGAGAAGAGGAGGCGAUAAAGAUAGAUGGCUUGAACGUUGCUCAAGUGAAGGAACUUCGGGAGAGGGCGGAGAAGUUUGAGUUCCAGACUGAGGUUAACCGAAUGAUGAAACUCAUCAUUAAUUCGCUGUAUCGGAAUAAGGAGAUCUUCCUCAGAGAAUUAAUUUCUAAUGCCUCUGAUGCUCUCGAUAAGAUCAGACUGUUGUCGCUCACUGACAAGUCGGUGCUGGAUUCAAAUCCUGAGUUAUCAAUUAGAAUAAGAGCUGAUGCAGAAAACAAGAUCUUGAGUAUUACGGAUACUGGGAUUGGUAUGACGAAACAAGAUCUGAUGAACAAUUUAGGCACGAUAGCUAAAUCCGGGACAGCAGACUUUUUAUCAAAGAUGCAAGAUGCUAAGAGUUCAGACGAUUUGAACGACAUGAUUGGUCAAUUUGGUGUUGGAUUUUAUUCUGCAUUCUUGGUUGCGCACAAAGUUGUCGUUACAACGAAGCACAAUGAUGACAAACAAUAUAUCUGGGAGUCCGACAGUAGUAGCUACAGCAUUGUCGAAGACCCACGAGGAAAUACCUUGAAACGAGGAACGACCGUUAGCUUAUACUUAAAGAAGAAAGCCGAGGACUUCUUGGAGCAAGAUACGAUCAAGAACUUAAUCAAGAAGUACUCGCAGUUCAUUAACUUCCCCAUUUACUUAUGGAAUAGCAAAACUGUACAAGUCGAAGAGGAAGAAGUAGAAGAGGAUAAAUCUUCGAAAGACCAAGAGGAAGAGAAAGAGGUCGACAAAACAGACGAGGAAGUAAAAGAGGAGGAGGAGGAGGAAGUCGUGAAAGUCGAAGAUGCAGAAGACGAGAAGAAGAAGGAGAAGAAGAUGGUUGACAAAACGAUAUGGGACUGGGAAUUGCUUAACGAUGCAAAACCAAUCUGGACGCUGAAGCCAUCUGAAAUAUCAGAUGAGGAAUAUAAUGAUUUCUACAAAGCAUUGACAAAGGACCAUCAAGAGCCUUUAGCAAAAAUUCAUUUCGUUGCCGAAGGUGAAGUGAGUUUCAAGUCUCUGUUGUUCAUUCCAAAAGUUCAGCCCAGCGAAAGCAUCAAUCGUUACGGUACAAAGGUUGACAACAUCAAACUCUACGUCAGAAGGGUAUUUAUAACAGACAGCUUCCAAGAUUUGAUGCCAAACUACCUGGCGUUUAUUCGUGGUAUCGUAGACAGCGAUGAUCUACCUUUGAAUGUUUCACGUGAAAACCUCCAGCAACACAAGCUAAUUAAAAUCAUCAAGAAGAAACUUGUACGUAAAGUGUUGGAUAUGAUCAAGAAGAUAGCCGACAAAGAUUACGAUCACUUCUGGAAGGAAUACAGUACUUACAUAAAAUUAGGAGUGAUAGAAGAUCCUCAGAAUCGUGCAAGGCUUUCAAAGCUCUUACGAUUCCACUCUUCAAAGCAGGAAGGUCUUACUUCAUUGAGUGAUUACGUCUCUCGGAUGAAGUCAAACCAGAAAUUCAUUUAUUACAUCGGUGGUUCUUCGGUAGAGGAAGCGAAAAAGUCUCCAUUUGUGGAGCGUUUAGUGAAGAAGGGAUACGAAGUCUUCUAUUUAGUCGAAGCAGUGGACGAGUAUGCCAUUUCUUCGCUCCCUGAGUUUGAAGGCAAGAAGUUCCAAAAUGUCGCCAAGGAGGGAUUCUCGCUAGAGGAGAAUGAGAAAACUAAGGAACGCAUGGAAGAAUUGAAACACAGCUUUGAGCCAUUGACGAAGUGGUUAGACGAGCUUCUUAAGGAUCAUAUCAGCAAAGUUCAAAUCUCCGAGAGGUUGACGGAUUCUCCAUGUGCUCUCGUAGCCAGUAUGUUUGGCUGGACUGGAAACAUGGAAAGGCUGGCGAUGUCGAAUGCUCACCAGAAAAGCAACGAUCCAGAGAAGACGUAUUAUCUGAACCAGAAGAAGACGUUAGAAAUUAAUCCAAGACAUCCUCUUAUCAAAGAACUGCUGCUUAGAGUAGAUCACGAUUCUAAUGAUGAAACUGCCAAGGAUAUCGCUGUAAUGAUGUUUAGAACAGCUACGCUGAGAUCUGGAUAUAUGCUUCGAGAUACUGCCAGUUUCGCAGAGAGCGUCGAAAGACUCAUGAAGAAGACUUUAGGCAUCUCAUUGGAAGAAACUCCGGAGGAAGACGAUGAUUUCUUGGAUGGGGAUUCUACAUCGGAGACUGAAGAAAAGCCUAAAACUGACGAGGAGAAGGAGGAGGAGCACGACGAGCUCUAAAGACAAAGCCUGAGCACAUAACGAAAGAUUCCUCUGCAUAAUGUGCUAUGCAAUAGUGAGUAUCGAGAAAAUGAGUCAAGACACUUUUCGGUGUCACUUCUCAGUCAGUUUAGAUUUUCUACGUAUCAUACGAGUAUCUCGUAAGAAUCAUUAUUCGCGUUUGACGAAUAGAUUUAUAUUUAUAAUUGUGGAAUCAUUUUUGUACUAUUAGGAAACAAAGCGUUACGUUUGAUAUAAGCAGCUCACGUUUGAUUGCGUAGAUGCAACGAAUGUAUGUAACACGUGGAAGAACCUUAAAUCAAUUUACAUCUUUCGACAGGAUUAAACUACCUGUUUGCUGAUCUUUGCAUUUAUUUAUUACGUUCUUCCACUUGCGUUAGUUUUCAAAUACAGUUCACUUGAAUCGUUUGUAUGGCACUUGCGUGGUUGCGAAAUGUGCGAAUGUAUGUGUACGCAAGAUUAAAAGUGAUUUAAUAUGAAAAUCUAUGGUUUGGUCAUUCCAAAUCAUCUUCCUACAUCAAGCACUUAUACGUAUACUGUGAAUUUAUCACGGACAACAAAUCAAGACAAUUGUACAAUAUAUGUGAUGCAUCCAGUAAAAUUAAAGAAAUGGAAAUCUUAA